ACACACACACACCAGUCUCCUUCGAUAACUGCGAAUGAGUGGCUGUCAAUAAACCUUAGACAGCUUUGCAAAAUUAAUCGCCUGCUAUUGUUAUGUAUUUUUUGACGGGUUCCAAGUACCUCACACAUUUAACACCAAUUUAGACAAAUUCAAAUGUUUUGCUAACAUUUCGUAUUAAUAAGUGGUCGAAGAAUUUGCACGGCCCCAGUGUUAAUCCGUUUACUGCAUUUUUUAUUUUCUAUGUGAAAAGGCGGAAGUCCUUGCUAAAAAUUGUUUGUUGUCGUACCACAAACGUAACCAGAUGAACUAAAAACGCCCAUACGUCAAAUGAAAAUGCUCGUACGUGAAAACGAUUUAGGUCCCCACAUACCAUUGGUGCAUCAGCAGAUUGCGCUGCUAUGUGCGAAGAACAUAAACAGGAAGGCCCAGGCCGUGCCAUCGUAUGCGGCCAAGCAGGAUGUGCCCGUUAUUGUUGAGCUGCAACGUAUGGAUGAGGAUGUACGCUACCGCUAUGAGGUGAACCUGCGGAACGAAGAGUCCGAGCUGAAGACGCAGUCCUUCCGGUUGCCCGUCUGUCCAUUGCAUGGAGAGGCCAGGCAAGACGCCGUAGUGCUCUACACUGGAGGGAAGAAUGUGCCCGUAUUAUCCGCACCCUCUUGCCCGAAGCAGGUCGAAAACGAUUCUCAUCGCAUGGGAGCGGACAAUGACGUGAAAUGCAGUGUCAGCAGCGACACGGCUAGAGGAACUGAAAAGUCACUUUUUGUGGUACAGCAGGCAUAUCAUACCGUGGACGAGGAGGCUAUAAGGGGAAGUCAACCACUGUCUAAGCAUACAAUAAUGUCAUUCGAGGCACCACUCGUAUCCAUGGUGGCGCCCGAACAUAUACGCGUUCAUUUUGCCAAAGCAUUGCAACAGCAUUGUCGCAGAGAAAUGAUCAAAAUUGAUCUGAUGGAGCUAACUCGACUGAAUGUACUGAGCAGUAGUAGUAGUUGCCACCGUCGGAACGAGCUGAAGUCCAUAACCGGCUACAAGCAAAUCAAUGAUUUGUGUGUUUUCAAUCCGAAGGUCCACCAGAACCAGGACCAGCGCCAGCAAGCCCCAACGUCACCACCAGAAAGAAAAGUGCCGUAUCUGCAUCUGCAGCCGAGCUACCAAAACACGGCCAACAUUAAGCAACAGGUGUAUGAAUACAAACCACUGCCCCAGUUUCAAUACUCCGGCUUUGAAUAUAUGUAUAAUCAGUACCAACAGAGGCAAACGCACAUAGAAGAACAGAAGCAACAUCAGCAGCAGCAUUUCUAUCAAAGCGUGCACACAACAUAUCAUCAUCGACAGCAAAGCCAGAUAUUCCAGUAUCGAAAGCAGGUGCAGCUGCAGCAGCAUCGGAGACAAUAUCAACCCUAUCCACAGCCGUAUCCCGAUCGGCAAGAAAGGCACAGAAAUGUUGUCGGCUUUAAGGGAUCAAACAAUUAUUUGGAACAACUACAUAUGUUAAAAGAACUGCCGGAGCUGAAAUAUGAGGAACAGUUCCAGCGGCAGAGGCUCAGAGAACUGACGAGUUUUAAAGAGUCCAGCACAUUCCUGGCGCCACAGCUCUCAUAUAAGUCAUUACCACAGCUAGAAUACUAUAAUAAUCAUGAUAUGUUCAAGCAACAGGAAUUCGAGCAGCAGCAACGAGAUCAACAGCAACAAGAGCAACUGAAGCGAGAGCAGCAGGGAGAGCUUGAGCUGAGAGAGCAACAGAUAGAGUGGCAACAAAGAGAGUUGCAAAGGAUAGAGUGGUAUCAGCAAGAACAGCAACAACGUGAGCAGCAACAACGUGAGCAGAAACAACGUGAGCAGCAACAACGUGAGCAGCAACAACGUGAGCAGCAACAACGCGAGCAGCAACAACGUGAGCAGCAACAACGUGAGAAGAAACAACGUGAACAGCAACUGCGGGAGAGGCAACAACGUGAGCAGCAUCAGCGAGAGAGGCAGCAGCGAGAACGGCAACGUUACAUUCAGCAGCAGCAGGAGAAGUACGGAAAGCUGAUCAACUUUAAGGAGCCGGGAAAGUUAUUGAAACAGCUACCCAAUUAUAGGCCUGUUCAACAUAUGGAGUUCUACAACUCAAAAUAUGCGCCUAAGCAGCUACAGAGUCAGCUGCAAAUCAAGCAACAGGAGCUGUCACAGCCGCAAGGCCACCAUCUGGACCGCAAAGGUUCAAUCAAGAUUUAUAACAAUGAGUAUCCGCGACAGAGUAUUGACCAGUCAUAUCAGCAGUUUCCGAUUCAGUCCAGUCUGCAGAGACAUAACCUUCAGUUCCAGCAACAGCACCAACAUUCCAAGAGCUCUUUGAACUUUAGGGAGGCGAGCAAAUUGCUGGAACGACUGCCGCCAUACAAUACAUGUCCGCCGGUAAGCCAUUGUGAUCCCAAUAUAAGCGUCCAGCAGCACGAACAACAGCGGCCGCAACACCGUAACCAGCAGUCGCAUACUCCACAACGACAGGAACAGCAGAUAUCCAGAAUCUCAAUGAACCUUGGGGACGCAAGCAAAUAUCUCGAUCGACUGCCGCCAUACAUUACGUUUCCACAGCUAAACCACUACGAUUUCAAUAUAAGUCUGAAGCAGAACGGACUUCAGCAGCAACAGAGCCAGCAGGAAUCGCAAUCCCAGGAGAAUUUCACGCACACCAUAAGCUUCAAGGAGUCAAGUGCUCUACUGGAGCGACUGCCAGAAUAUAAUCCGAUUCGCAUGAUCAAGAAAAGUGAAUCGCAAAACCAGCAGAAGCUACAACAGCACUACCAGCAGCAGCGUCAGCAGCAACAUCUCGUGAAACUGUCGCAGCUGCAACAAAAAAAGUCGCGACCACAACAGCUGCUUCAGCAGAAGCCCAACACUGCGAUGUCCAGCGAGCCGAGACGUUGUCUAGGACAGCUGUCCACAAACAACAGCACAUUGCCACAGCUGGAAUACUAUCGUGAGGAAACGCAGACCUCGUCCGAAGAACUCAUAAUAGAGACGCUGAAUACAGACGAGCCGCAACCCAUGAACUACGGAGACUAUCCGCCAGAGCUGCAGACGCUCUUUAGCUGGAAUUUUUGCAAUCUCUGUCGCACUACUAUGAGAACAAUGCACAAUGCUGUGGACCAUUAUUCUUCACGCUCACACGACCGGCGCGUUAGUUCCUGGCUGGUGCGGCACUUCUGUCAACAGGGCCAGAUGUCUGAUGACAUUUUAAAGUAUUUGCGAACCGCCGGGCCGGCAGCCUUUUAUUGCGAGCUCUGUGAUCUGAAGCUGACCUCAGUGAUGCAUGCACAGCAACAUUUCUUUGGGCGGCGCCAUCGGUUGGUCGCCCGUCACGUUACUACGCCCAAUGGCGAGGGUUUCUACGACAGCACCGGUCAUUGGGUGCGCACGGACGCCAAGUGGCUAAUGUGCGAGAUUUGCGACGUCAGCAUCACAUCGGAGACCCAAAUGGCAAUGCACGUGGCAGGUGCUCGCCACCGCAAGCGACUCCAUACUGCCUACCAGAACUGUGGUGUGGUGCCCGUGGAGGGGAGUCAUAUGUAUCGGAUCAAUGCCAAUGGCACACUCAUGCCACUCAAUCCGCUGGGGUUCUACUUGUAUGCGACUUGCAGCAAGUCCGAGAUUCGGAAGCUGAACGAUCUGAACGCAGCCUAUUAUUGCGAGGUGUGCAACAUAACGCUCAAUCAUCUGAAGUCCGUUAAGCAGCACGAAGAAGGCCGUAUGCAUCGCAAGAAAAUGGACCACUUUUUAGUACGUGUACUAUAGGAUGCGUGAGUCAAGCGAUACUGUCAGAAGCUGGGGACUUUUACUCUAAUUUCUAUUUAUUUUUUUAUAUACAUUUUUUCUAUGUUUUAUACAAGAAAAUAUAUAUCGCGAUAACUUAGUAUUUGGUAAAA